CGAGGCUGCGAGGUUUGGGGUCCCACUUCAUUUAGAGGAUUAUGUUUCUUCAUCGUUUUCACUGGGAAGGGAGUGUGUAGCGUGCUCUAUGUUCCCUCUUUAAUUUAAUUUCCAAUCUCUUGUAUAUAUAUAUAUUUGUUUUGUGGGCAGAAUGUGGCGAACUGAACCAUAUGCGGUAAAUUUUGGGGUUACCGCAUGUAAAGAACAUAAAAUAGACACUCUUUUAUGCCAAUCCCUGCCAAUAGGAAGAAUAUGCAUGAACCAAUCAUCUAGCGGAAGUGGUCAAGUAAGAUAUCAAGGGAACCCAGUAAAGCUGACAAUUCAUUCCACUUUUGAAAAUUUCCAGGCGAAUGUUCCUGAUAAUGAAAAUGUUGCAUUUUUUCCAUCCCCAACGUGGGAAAAGCCGGAUUUGUUCAACGAAAGUGCAGUGGCGGAUGCCUUCAGGGCGAACAUAUUAACACCAUUACAAAGUUACUUCAGAUCAUUCCAAGUGUUCAGAAAUGUAUCCCAACCCCCAUCCUAUUUGUUUACACCUGACCUUAUAAUAAGUGAUAUUAAAAAUGUCCCCAUCAUGUGCAUAGAAAUAAAACCCUGUAAUACAUUCUGUACAGCAGAUAUCACUAAUUUUGAUGUGAUGUCAGAAAUAGAUAGGAUAAAAAUUUUAGCUGAAAAUACCCCUCUUCCUAAUGGUAUUUUACCAGAGGAGUUCUUAAAAUGCCCAAGACGGCAGAAGGUAGGAGGCAAAAGUGAAUCUUUAGGCCUCUUCAAUUUUAGGUGCUCUUUAAGACAGUUAAAACAUUUUUUGUUUAACAUGAAUGUUACGGUAGCAUUUGGUAUGCUGUCCUCUUAUUGCCAUACUUACUUGGUAAUACUACAUCGUGAUCAAGAAAAUAAAUCCAGCGAAUUAAGAGUUUCUCCAGUAUUGAAAUUUAAUGACAAAACUGUUCUACGAAGAAUAGCUGAAUUCAUUCAGUUUGCAAUUUCAAGUGUCCAAGAACCUCUUCUAAGAGAACACCACACAUUAACGCCCUCAAAAUUUUUUUUCUCAGAUUGUAAAAAGGGAGUAAUCAGGAAACGUGGUGAGAAAAGGAGGAAGAAGGAUGAUAUUAAAGGCACAGGAAAAAAACCAAGUAAAUCUACUUAUACAGGCCACUUCGUAACACUAGGAAACGUCAUAGGUAAUGGAAGAACAGGCACAGUCUUAGAACUAUUUGAUGAAAACAAAAAAUUAUAUGCUGUAAAAUUUGUAGAAGAAAAAUCAGUUGAAAACUUGAACCAUGAGCUGGACAAUGAAUUAUACAAUGAAGAAAUGAUCUAUGACAUCCUUAUACCAUUACAAGGUGAUGUGCUACCUAUUAUUUAUAUGUCAGGUUUACUUGAUGGAUGGAAACAUGUAAUAGUAAUGGAAUAUCUGGAAGCAGAGUCUAUGAAUAAAGUGGUCCAUCUAUCUGAAGAGCAAAAAACCGCCGUCAUCGCGGCAUUAGACAAAGUCCACAAAAGGGGGGUAUUACAUGGUGACAUCAGAGAAAAUAAUAUUCUGUUGCAUAGGAAUAACCACAGACAAGCCUACUUGAUAGACUUUGGCUUCGCAUCAAAAUGCAACACCUUAAAUGAUUUUAUUGAAGAAAAACUCGAACUUAUGAAUCUUCUCGAACUCAAAUAAAAUGUCUUGCAUUAGAAAAAAACUAAAGUAUGAAGCAUAUAAAGUUUAUACUGGCUAAGCUGAAAAGUAAAUCAUCAAGAAUUGUGUGAACACUUGUUGUGGUGGCACUUAAAAUGAUUUUGAAAACAGCUUCCUUUGUAACAACUUCACUUUCCUUUUCAUUCAAAUAUAUUUUAACAGAUGUUCAUUAUCUGAUUUUUUGAGUCAUGGUAUUUUUAAUGCCAGAUUUGUAAAUUUGUUGAACAUUUUCAUGGGAUUUAAGUAUGUCUCCAAAGUCAUUGUCCUUAAAGAAAUCUGUUCAUAUAUCGAAACCUUGCUUACUUAAACAUUUUAUCCUUUGUCCUAACAAAGCAUUUAUGAAGAUAUACUGACACAGUCUGUUUUCUUUGGUUUUUGUUUUGUAGUUAGUUAUAUAAAUUAUGUGUUAUAUUA